AUGCACUCUCAGAGUUUCCCCACCGAGAUUCUCGCCGAGAUUUUCUCACACUGCACGGUUGAUACUGGCCUCGACACGGACUAUCCAUUCGAACCUCACGACAUCAUCCUCAACCAAGCGCCUCACUCCCUCACUCGCGUCUCCUCCCGCUGGCGAUCCAUAACGCUAACGUCCCCACGACUCUGGACAUCGCUCAGCCUUCCUCUUCUACCGAGAACACCCGAAUCCAUCGAGCUCUUCCUUGCUGAGCUUCAGCUAUGGCUGGCACGGUCGGAAAUGCUCCCUCUGUCUUUCAGAGUGCAUUUUAGCGCCUACGACGUCUUAGGUUCCCAGGAACAAACCUCACUCCAGCAGGUGAGGCCAUAUAUCAUACGUUAUAUGCAGAUCCUGUCGCAGCACUCCCAUCGCUGGCUCGACGUGUGCUCCAACCUCAAAUACGCGCGGGCAUCGUCAGACGUACACCCAUUCCCAGGUCUAUCCACAACUCCAUUACUGCGAAGUUUUGCGCUAUGUGCUCCUACGUUGCACACGCUCUCCCUAGGCAAUCCGAAUCCCGUAGUCAUUCCGGACCAACCCAUAGUGUCGUAUUUUCGUCCCGAGAACGCGCCACACCUCCGUCAAAUCAUUCUUGACCAUCCGUCCCUUGCGCGGUGUGUCCUACCAUGGAUACAGCUCACAAAGCUGCAUAUGGCCAAAGGAAACUACCCUGAUGCGCAGGGUUUUAUGCGGAACUUGAAGGCGUGCACGAAUCUCGAGGAACUGCACAUCUCCUUUGGGACUGCCAGAGGUAUUCCAAUGAACUCUGAUCAACGUGAUACAAUCGUCCUCCCAUCCCUCCGACGAUUGGAUGUAGACCUGAGCACGACCUCAAACACGAUGUUCCAUUUCUUUUUCGACACGCUUCAAACCCCUCGUCUCGAAUCUUUGGCUCUCACCACGGGAUAUUACUUGGACAUGGCAUAUCCUGAGGUCGGUGGUCCAUUCCGGACAUAUCGGAUAGAACAGUUGCAUGACGCGUUCAAGAAGUUUAUGGGUCAAUGUGGGGAAUCGCUGAAGGAGUUGGAGAUGGUGGAUCCAGUCGAGACGAUUCGGGUCCUUGUCGACGUACUCAGGAAAUUGGAGAACCUCGAGGUACUCGAUGUUCACAGCCAGGCACUGGCUCCUUCGAUACUCGAAGCUCUAACAUCACGCACACCCAACGAGCCUACGGGCGUGGGCAGCCCAACCCCGGUGCCUAUCCUUCGAUCAGGCGUAGGAGAAUUCGCUCUUUUGCCCUCGCUAGGCGAACUGCGAUGUCAAGGCGUCCCUUUCGAUCUCUUCGGGUCCGACCCUGUGGGCGGAGCACCAUUCUUCAACAAUCUAGGGAAGUUCGUUGAGUGCAGAUCGGCUUCCCGCGCUGCCUUGGACCUAGAGGCGUUUAAAGUCAGGCUUGGGGGAAGGUUGCGUGAGAGGAUGAGAGAGGAUUGUGCGAAGGUAUACGAGAGGCUGGAAGCUUUACGGGGCGAAGGAAAGCUGUGUCUAGAGUCGAUGUGA